CAGUCCGACAUCAAUGAGUGGAUAGACAGGUUCCCUUUAAAUCGCGAGUACGUCAGGUUAGGUCCGCGACGAGUGUACUGGCUGCUGCUCGUGACUUUUCCUAAUUAUUAAUUAUACGCGCGUUUUCUAAGACCGCGGCUGCCAUUGGCGGUCUACAAAUAGACGAAAGAUGCUCUUGAACUUCUGCGACCCCCGCUUACGCCCGGAGAUCCGAUGCAGCGCCGUUAGCACAGACGGAUACGAGGUGAGCAAUCUGAUCAGCGGCUCCGACAAGGGCUACCUGGCCUACUCCUGCAUCAAGCCGCCGAUCGACAUAGACAUCACCUUCCUCUGCAACGUGUGGCUCAGUCACGUGCUGAUCUGGCCGGCCGUCGGGCCGCAGAAGUCGUCGGGCUUCCGGCUGUACUCCAGGAACACCGACGACGAACAGACCCCCUACACUUUGCUGUCCAGCGGCUUCCUGCGUCCCCACGACGCCGGAUUGUUGUUCCACCCGGUGGACGUCGACCCCACGGGGAUCCCCGCGCCAGCCAAUUUCUUAAGGUGCUGCGUCAAGGCUUCUGUGGGCUAUCUGUCCAAGUACACUCAUGUGUUGCGCAUAACAAUAUGCAAGACGGAGAAGUCAGUGCCGGCGCUGGGGAAGGUCCAAGUGUGGGGCACGGUAUCUCCGCGCUGUGGGAAAGAUGUUGUAGCAAGCGUGUACACCUUGUGGGCCGGCGGUCAAGCUCCGCCGGCAUCGCCUGUAGUGGAAUUGAAAGCUGACGCUAGUUCCGUAGAUGCCGAGAAUAAUAGACUGAAGAGCACCGCGACCCUUGAAGUUCCCGAGAGCUUCCUAGAUGCCAUUACGUGGGAACUAAUGACUCAGCCGGUUGUGCUACCCAGCGGUAAAGUAAUAGAUCAGACGACACUGGAGAAACACGGGGAGAAUGAGGCAACCUGGGGUAGGCCGUUGUCGGAUCCGUUCACGGGCUUGCGGUUUAACGACGACCGUAGACCAGUCAUGGCGGCCGCGCUCAAGUCGAGGAUCGACAAAUUCCUCCUGGAGAACAGCGAUCGGAGCGAGAUAAAGCAAAUGCCGAGGGUCCUAGGCCGCGAUCCGGCCUCGGCUGCGGCCGGAGACAGAGGGAUAAUCGAAGUACCGAAGUGUGUGUUGAAUAAUUCGUUGAAAAGGACCGCUGAAGAUGUUAAGCCGAGUGCACGUAAGCAGACAACAGACAGCAACUCUCAGUGUGCAAAGAGAUAUUGCCAUAAAUUGCCGAUAGCGAUUAUGCCUAAACCACCCACAGCCAAUGCUGCAGCAAGAUUGAAACAGCCCACGAAGAUUCCAACUUCCUCCAAGUUAGCUCGUAACAAUUCUCAGAACGGGGACGAUGAAUUAGAUGUACCGGCUAACGACAGUUUCGUAGAUAGCAAUUUAAACACUCUGCUGUCCAACACGAAACACUUUGGCACACCGGGAAAAGUAGAAUUACAUACGCUAUCUAACAAAUGUGAUUGCUGUAAAAAUAGUAUCUUUUACAAGCUUCCCUGUAAACACGUAGUAUGCAGAAAAGUAUUAUUGUCCAUUGAAAAUAGCCAGUGCAAAUCUUGUGGAUUUUCUUAUAAAACGAGCGAGAUUGAACGGAUUCACGACGCUAUUCUAAACAGAUAACAGAUAAGAGCGCAAUGCGAAUCAAUAUGAUUAAAUCUUUUAGCAUUUAUUACCUGCCAGAUUUUGUCCACAGUAUGCAAAAUAUAUUAUUGUAACACAC